GGUGUUUUUCUUUUUUCCCCCAUUCUGGCGACAAUACGUGAAUGCAGCAUUAACGAUCAGUUGUUCUUCCUGUGGCAAAGGUCAAGAAGAAGACGAGGACGAAGUAGAAAAAGAAGAAGAAGAAGAAGAAGAAGAGAAAAAAAAAAAAAGAAGAUCGACUGAAACCGACUGAAAAGCUAUUAAAAACAUGUCCCACACCAUCCUGCUGGUGCAGCCCACCAAGAGGCCAGAGGGGAGGACAUACGCUGAUUAUGAAUCAGUCAACGAGUGUAUGGAGGGUGUGUGUAAGAUGUACGAGGAGCAUUUAAAGAGAAUGAACCCCAACAGCCCGUCGAUAACAUACGACAUCAGCCAGCUGUUUGACUUCAUCGAUGACCUGGCUGACCUCAGCUGUUUGGUGUAUCGCGCCGACACACAGACAUACCAGCCGUACAACAAGGACUGGAUCAAAGAGAAGAUCUACGUGCUGCUUCGCCGUCAGGCCCAGCAGGCAGCAAAGUGAAGCCUCUGAGGAGGUGAAUGGAGGGGUGGAGACUGGGUGGGGGUUCAAUAUUAUUUUUACUAUCUGUAACUUCUUUUUUUCUUCGUGGAGAGGAGGUGUAUUUUGUAUUUUAAUGUUUGACUUAUUAAUAAAGAUUUCCUUUACAUAA